ACAGCGUCUAUUCUGUCGGAAACGCAGAAGAAGAAUAACAACAACCGUUUUUGGCUUACAAAUAGGGCACAUCGUUCGUGUUGUGUUGUUGUGUAGACUUUUAUAUUAACUAUGUCGAUUUAGCUCACAUUUGCAGCAACUGUCGUAUUAGCUACUGUCGUUCGGACGUUUUUAUCCCAGUACACUACCAUGCAGCUGUUAAACUAGCUUGAGUCGUGGAGUACAGAAGCGAGUUUCUCAAAGCAAAGCACUUGUUUUUAAACGUUGACGGUAUUGUUAUUUAAGUCUUCUUCUCGUGUGUCAUCCGUGCCCAAUGGGGUUCAAUAAGACGUACAUCAGUGUGGGGUAUGCCUCUUUGGGCAUGCUUAUAGGAUUCUCUGCGUUUCUCGUGUGGAACAUCGCGUACAAACAAUCAUGGACAGCUGCAAUGGGAGGAUUAUCAGGUGUGCUGGCUUUCUGGGCCCUCAUCACCCACAUCAUGUACUUGCAGGACUACUGGCGCACCUGGCUGAAGGGCCUCAAGUUCUUCCUUUUCAUGGGUGUCUUCUUUGCCCUUCUGGCAGUGGUGGCCUUCAUCACCUUUCUCUCCCUCGCCAUCACCAACAAAGAGUCACUGACCGACCCGAGGAGCCUGUUCCUGUCGGGCGUGUGGAGUUUAAUGACCCUGAAGUGGUCCAUCCUGCUGGCCCUCUACUCCCACCGCUACCGCAAAGAGUUUGCUGACAUCAGCAUCCUCAGUGACUUUUGAUAAGGGCCAUUGAACCCCUCUAGUGAGGGAAUGAGUACCAUGAUCUCCACCUAUGCCCGCGCCUCCUCGUUUAGGUUACCCCCUCUUUUCCUAUGUCUGUGAAAUCAAAUCAACGUUAAUUUGUCACGUGCACAGGAUACAACCGGUGUAAACAGUACAGUGAAAUGCUUACCUGCAAGCUCUUCCUUAACAAUGUAGUAUUCAAUAUCAAAGAGAAAGAAAUAGAACAUCCACAAUAGAAUCUUAAAAAGCUCACAGAAACAGGGAAUGCUCAGCGCCUGCUAGCCAGUCUAUCCACAAGUUCAUCCCUAUUUUAUACUGUUUAUGAAUUUUACUGUCUUCAUAUACAUAUGUAUGUGACACUUGUCUGUGUUCCUGUUGUAUGUCCUCUAAAGUUGUUUUAGUCAUGCCAAUAUCUCUCUCUUUAUGAGAUUAGGGGUUCUUAUUUGAUUAAUUUGUAUCUAACCCUUGAUGAUCAUGUACAUCUACCUAUGAUGUUUUUUUACUAUCUAAUAAAGAGAGAGAUAUUGGCAUGACUAAAACAACUUUAGAGGACAUACAACAGGAACACAGACAAGUGUCACAUACAUAUGUAUAUGAAGACAGUAAAAUUCAUAAACAGUAUAAAAUAGGGAUGAACUUGUGGAUAGACUGGCUAGCAGGCGCUGAAUAUAUAUAUAUAUAUAUUCAUAUUCCUUCUCUGAUUUAUUUGUGGUUAUGAUACAGAAUUGACUUCCAUUAUCUUGCCACAAGGGGGCGUCACUCCAUCAAAUGCGUUGGCUGUUGGAAAAUGUUUGUUUUUAGAUGGAAAAUGUUUGUUUUUAGAUGUAAGCCUUUCUCAGAAUUCAUCUCGGUGUAGUAUAACUGUACUCUACCUGCACAAAUCAUAGAACAUCAAUUCUAGACAACAAUAGGACACAUCACAGACAUGUUUGGGAAAUCUAAGUAGUUGGAUUUUAGUAUGACUGUUCUGUGUUAUCUGUUUUUGCACUUUGCGCUUGGGUUCAUAAAAACUUACUGUCACCUGCAGUAAUGUGACGAAGCCACUACAUUUAGUUUGUUGGGUCUCAACACUAUUUGGAAACACUUGACUUAAUGCUGGCAGGUAUAAUGCAUUUUUUAUGCAGCUAUAAUGCUUUCUAAGACUUAUCAUAAGACUUGUUUGACCCGCCCUUUAUAAUGUCUUAUAGCGUUAUACCUGCCAGUGUUAGCCACUAUCACAGCAUCCCACCACCACUGUAUAAAAUUAUUAUAUGAAGAAAGAUUGUACUACCAUCCCAUAAUGUAAGAACAACUGCUUUUAUAACAGUAAGCAAAUUAAUUUCAAAUGUCUCUCUUUUUUUUAGUACUCAUCGUAUUUGAAUGGAGAUAUUUCGUAGCAUUUUUAUUAUUGCCAUGAUGGGAAGUUGUCAACAAAGUGAGCGAGGACCGAACCAAUGAUGUCACAAGUGUGAGAGGGGACCAUUGGGGCUUAAUAAUAUGAGCCUUUGACCAAUUUUAUUCCGAUAAACGCUUUGACUCCCAACACACGGACCCGAGUCCGAAAAGGUACCCUACUCCCUAGAUAGUGCACUACAGACGGACCAAGGACUAAUUGCGUGAAUGCUUCAGUAAUCCUAAACAUUUGUUUGUUGCUUCUCCGAUCCAAAAAUAUUGGUGGUCAUCAUACUGCUGCCUGUGGAGAUGAAUUUGAUCCUGUUCUUCCUUUUUAAAAGUCUGUUUCUAUGUGAGCUACCACAUCUAGCAUAUUGUAAUAAUGAAACAUGAAAUGAUGUAUAUCCACUUGCGUGUGUGUAGGAAUGUAUGUCUGUUGUACAGGUAUGUAUGUAUGUAUGUAUGUAUGUAUGUGAGAGCCAUAUUAAUAAAAUAUAAUUGUAGGACAA